AUGCGACUCGCUGGGGAGUUCUCCCCCGCCGGCCUGGAGGCCUACCCUGCUGGAGAUGGCCUUCAAGGAGCCACAGGCCUGGGCGUGCAGCAGCUGGGGCCCACGUGGCUGGUGGUGAGGCAAGGCAGCCAGGUGACCUUGGCCUGCUGCGUGACCCAGGCCCAGGCUUGGGAGCUGAUGCGUGCUGAGUGGACCAAGGACAAUGACACUUUGUGCCAGUCACUCAUCACCCACGAGGACCCGAAAAUGGAGGUCUGCGGGCCCUGGGGACAGCUCUCCUGGCAGCCACGCAGUCUGCUCACCCUACGACUGGAGCGUGUGGACCUCAAUGACAGUGGGCAUUACACGUGCAGGAUGACAAUGGAGAUACCGGAUUUGGAGGAGGCCAAGGGCAACGGCACAGAGCUCCAGGUGAAGACAGACGGCCCGCUGGACCGGCACCAGAUCUCCAGCUUCGCGGGUGAAGGCUGCCCGGGCAGCUCUCUUCCGAACCUAUCCUCAGUCAGGCCGCCCACUUCAUCAGCCCCGCCAGGGAAGCACCCCGCGCUGCUGCUGGGGUGCGUGGCGGUGGUCCUGACCGCGAUCGCACUGGGCGUGGGGACCUGGAGCCGCAGGCGCCGCCGCGGGCCCUGGGAGUCAGAGAACCCCCUCUACAGCAACGUCCUAGUCCAGCAGGGGCAGACCCCAAAGAAGACUGAGGCCAGAGCUGCAGAGGGGAGGGCGCUGGGCAUCCCGAGGGAGGACCAGAGGCCUGAGAGCUUCUAUUCCACCUCUGUCCCCCAACUUUGCAAGCCACGACUAAAUGGGGCUCCCAGCCCUGGCCCCCGCCCCAGGUCCCAGGAACCCCAUCUCUACAGUAGGAAUCUCCCCUGA